UUCAGGUACGAUAGAAGAAUGAAAUAUAAUUGCAUGCAUUCGAACACGAGAUGGAAGCACCGAAUUUUUAAAGAGAAAGAAAGAUAAUAGAUAAACAGAAAGGAUUGCACUUAGGUGCAUCUUGAUACAUACGAUUAUGACAAUUCACAAUUUGUAUAUAUUUUCAAGAAAUGGCUUGUUACUAUAUUACGCUGAAUGGAAUAGACUAAAUAAAUCUGGAAUUACAAAAGAAGAGGAAGCAAAAUUAAUGUAUGGAAUGUUAUUCUCUAUAAAGUCUUUUGUAAGUAAAAUAUCACCGUUGGAUCCAAAGGAAGGAUUUUUGUAUUAUAAAACAAGUAAAUAUACUCUACAUUAUUUUGAAACACCAUCUGGCUUAAAGUUCGUUUUAAAUACAGACAAUGCAACACAAAAUGCAAGAGAAUUGUUGCAACAAUUGUAUCGUGAGGUAUAUUUGGAAUAUGUUGUAAAGAAUCCUCUUUGUCAAUUGAACGAACCUAUUCAGAGUGAAUUAUUUAAGUUAAAGGUAGAUGAGUUAUUAAAAAAAUCACCAUUAUUUUUAAGCAGAUCAUUAUAGUCAAUGAAAUUAAAAAAUAUACUUGUACAAUUAAAAUUGUAAGAUGUUAUUAUUAUGAAAAAAAAAUUUUUUUUUUAUAUAGUACCUUACUCAUUUUAUAUAUAUUACGUUAUAACAUAUGAAUUAAACGCAUAAGAAAAUUAAUUGAAAAUAAACUUUGAUUACUCAUUGUAUUUUAAAAUUAUUCUUUAAUUACAUUGCACAGUAUACCUUUAAUUUUACACAUAUUUUGCUAUCUAUUAUCUUAUUAUAUUAGAGCUUGCACUAUGUAAAACUUCCAGGUCUUAUAACUUUUGUCCAUACAUUAUUAUCUUUCAAUAUUUUUAACAAAUAUGAGUGUCAAAUAUCGAAUUAUACAUGCUAUGAAUGAUAAUUUUAUAUGAGACUAAAAGACAAGUGUCCUGCUAUAUGUUAAUGAUGAAAUACAGAUAUUAGGGUAUGCAAAUUCUUAAUCUUUUAAAUGGCCAUUGUGAAAAGUGUAUUAUUAAUACAAUUGAAUGUUAUAUUUUAGUGAUACUUAAUCGAUAUUUCAGUCAUAAUGUAUAUAGUAACUCAAAUUUUCUUUAUCGGAACAAACUGGUAGUUUCACUCGUUUUAAUAUUCUAAACGUUUUUUUUUUUUUUCCCUCUAUUUUUAAACAUUUGCGAGAAGUCAAAUUUUUAUAUAUAAAAGAAAAUAAAAGAGAAGAAAAGAAGAAAAGUAAAUACGUGCGAACGAGAGAAAAGUUUGAAGUUAUGGCACAGCACUUCCAAAAUCUGUAAAUGGUAUAGAAAUAAUAUUAGUAAAUUCAGUAUUAAAUUAUUGUAAAUACAUUCGGAAAUGUAUGUUUCUAUACGGAGAAUAAUUAUCAAAUGAUAUUAUAUAAAGCAUAUCUUUCAUUUUUAUAAUAUAAUACUUAUCAUUUCAUUAUUAAUAGACACUACCCCUUAUACACAAUACCUCUGUUCUUUUAUCUAAAAUCACUCUCUGCUGUUUUAUAUAUAUAUAUAAUUAAAGUAUAAAUUUAUAGGCAAGAAAUAUCCACGUAAAUAUUGAUCCUAUUAAAAAGCAAAACGAGAUUAUACUGCGCACUGAUGUUAUAAUAUAAGAAAGAGAUAAAGCUAUAAU